AUGAAACUCACUGCCCUGGUCGCCGUGGAGCUCCCGAGCGCCGAGACGACAUGGUUAAUAGCGCGUGUCAUCGUCAGUAAUUCCACGGAGGGCGAACUGAGCCUCCGCCUGAGCAAACCACGUUGCGGCGGACGUCUCCCAAAACUCAGGCAGCUUGAGAGCGGCGGACUGCGCCAUACUGCUUUGCUCUGUAUCUUGAUCAGUCCCAGAAACUUCUGCGGGACUGACGUCGGGGUCACCAAUGUGGCGUAUGAGCGCUCUGAAAGUGAGGAGGUCCCGGUCAUCAUCCAACUAGUCAGAAAGAUCCUUAUCAUCAUCUCCAGACCUGCUCGUCUGCUCGAGUGUCUAAAAACCACUCUCCUCAAAGCACAUCUCCGUGCUCUAGUUCUCCAAGUUCUCCAGUGA